AUGGCAUCUUGCCGUAUCCCCGCCCUGAGGCACCUCGUUACCUCUUCGGCGCGCGCCUUCCGCGCCUCGAACCAGCGGCGCUGGGCCCAGGUUCAUGACGUGCGCUUCCUCGCUACAACUCAGCAGCCCCGUGCCGUUAUCGAAAAAUAUCGCGCCAAGCUCGACCAAAAGGCUCGCGAGCAGGGUCUCUCGAACAUUGACGAGCUCAAGGCCGUGUAUGCGGACAAGAUCCAAGAUCAGAAGAAGAAGGACGCCAUCUCUGUCCCUGGGCUGGAUGACCUCCUCAACGAUGAACCCGCGCCUACGAACCCUUCUACGGCUACAGCGUCCCCAGAUGCGACUGCUGCGCAAAAGCAAGCGCCUGUUCCCGGUUCAUCGGGCAACGGCGUCAAAUCCCUUGACGAGAUCCUCGACCUCCCCAAGGCCCGCGAGCUGCCAGACAAGGAGCUGACGGCAAUCUGGCGUCUCCGCCAUGCUUCCGACCCUUCUUCCCUUUGCGCCGUGAUCCCCGCCUCGACGUAUCGAUCGAUGGAGGCCCUCGCCAAGCAGAACCCGCAGUUCAUCCUACCCGUCCCGCACGAGUCGCAGGGCGCCGAAAUCCACUUCCUGCAGUGGGUGUUUGACCCGGCCUCGAAGACAGCAACCGCCAUGUUCACGCAGCUGGCCGAGUUCAAGGCGCGGGGCGAAUAUGCGCAACCUCAUACAACCGUUACCCACCAUACCGACCUCGCAGAUGACAGGGGACUUGUUUUGAUGCACGGCAAGGUGUCGGAGGACCGAGGCGUCAAGACAGAACAUGCACAGUGGCUCGUCAUGUGCCUACAGAGAUUCUACGGUGAGGCUGAGGGCAAAGAGAGGGCGGCGGAAAGGAAAAAGCUGUUGGAAUGGUUCCGAACGGGUGACGAAAGGUUCAGCGUCGAAAAGUUGAUGGAGGAGGCUGAGCGGAUCGGUUAA